AAUGCGUUUCCUGUGGCGCGGCGUGCGGACUGGGCUGGGCGCGGGACGUCACCGCGUAGAAGUCGGGAACCGUUAGAGGCGCCCGGGACGAGGCCAGUCACUGAGUCCAGAGCCAGGGAGACGGGCCGGAGCCUGCAUCCUCCCCACGUACCGGGGCGUAGCUCACAGCCCUCUCCUCACUGGAACCUUCCGCUAACUUUUACCGGACCGCGCCGCCAUCCGCAAGAUGGCGCGUAUCCUGCUUCUUGUGGGGCUGUGUAUCUAUUCACUGUCAUGCACCAGUGCACAACAAGGUGGAACUGAAUGUUUAAAAGCAAAUGCCAAAUCAUGUGGAGAGUGUAUACAGGCUGGACCAAACUGCGGGUGGUGCACCAAAGUGGACUUCUUGCAAGAAGGUGAACCCACAUCUGCUCGUUGUGACGACUUGGCUGCAUUAAAAAGUAAAGGAUGCCCUGAAGAAAGUAUUCAAAACCCCAGAGGCAGCAAAGAAAAGCUAAAAGACAAUGCCAUAACUAACAAGGCCAAAGGAGAACGUAUGGAUCCUGUAAACAUCACCCAGAUCCGCCCCCAGCAGCUAAGAUUCGAGCUGAGAUCUGGCGAGCCCCAGACAUUUAAUUUAACCUUCAGAAGAGCAGAAGAUUAUCCCAUUGAUCUGUACUAUCUUAUGGACCUGUCAUACUCCAUGAAGGACGAUUUGGAAAAUGUAAAGAGCCUCGGCACAGCCCUGAUGAGGGAAAUGGAACAAAUUACAUCCGAUUUCAGGAUAGGUUUUGGAUCUUUUGUGGAGAAAACGGUUAUGCCAUACAUUAGCACCACUCCCGCUAAACUCAUCAAUCCCUGCACCACAGAUCAGAACUGUUCUAGUCCGUUUAGCUUUAAGAAUGUCCUUAAUCUUACCAGCGAUGGCAAACUGUUUAAUGACCUCGUAGGCAAACAGCAAAUCUCCGGUAACCUGGAUUCCCCGGAAGGUGGUUUUGAUGCAAUUAUGCAAGUUGCUGUGUGCGGGGAGCAAAUUGGUUGGAGGAAUGUCACACGCUUGUUGGUCUUCUCCACUGAUGCAGGCUUCCAUUUUGCUGGAGAUGGAAAAUUAGGAGGAAUCGUGCUGCCAAACGAUGGGAAAUGUCACAUGCACGAUAACAUGUACACAAUGAGCCACUAUUAUGACUAUCCAUCCAUUGCUCAUAUAGUCCAGAAACUUAGUGAAAAUAACAUCCAGACUAUCUUUGCUGUCACAGAGGAUUUCCAGCCAGUUUACAAGGAAUUGAAGAACCUGAUUCCCAAGUCAGCCGUAGGUACUCUGUCGUCAAACUCCAGCAACGUCAUCCAGUUGAUCAUUGACUCCUACAAUUCACUGUCUUCAGAACUGAUCUUGGAAAACAGCAAAUUACCGGAAGGCGUAACUAUCAGCUAUAAGUCAUUCUGCAAGAACGGAGUCAUUGGUACCGGAGAGAAUGGAAGGAAAUGCUCCAACAUCUCCCUGGGAGAUCAGGUGCAGUUUGAGAUCAGUGUCACUGCACACAAGUGCCCCAAGAAAGACCAGCCCGAAUCUAUUAAAAUCAAGCCUUUGGGUUUUACCGAAGAAGUAGAGAUCCUGCUGAAGUUUAUAUGCGAAUGUGAUUGCCAAGAAAGUGGCACACCUGACAGCCCCGAAUGCCACAAUGGAAAUGGCACAUUUGAAUGUGGAGCGUGCAGGUGUAAUGAAGGUCGUAUUGGAAAACAUUGUGAGUGCAGUACCGAGCAGGUCAGCAAUGAAGAUAUGGAUGCUCAGUGCAGGAAGGAAAACAGCUCUGAGAUUUGCAGCAACAACGGUGAUUGUAUCUGUGGGCAAUGUGUGUGUAAGAAGAGGGACAAUCCCAAUGAGGUGUAUUCUGGCAAAUACUGUGACUGUGACAAUUUCAACUGUGACCGAUCCAAUGGUCAGAUCUGUGGAGGUAAUGGAAUCUGUAAAUGCAGAGUAUGUGAAUGUUUCCCUAAUUUCUCUGGAAGUGCGUGCGAUUGCUCGGAAGAUAAGUCAACGUGUAUGGCAUCGAAUGGCCAACUAUGCAACGGAAGAGGCAUUUGUGAAUGUGGAAGGUGUAAAUGUACAGAUCCUAAGUUCCAAGGACAAACCUGUGAGAUGUGUCAGACCUGUGCUGGUGUUUGCACUGAUCACAAGGAGUGUGUUCAGUGUAGAGCCUUCCAGAAAGGAGAGAAGCAAGCCGUGUGCAAUAGUCAGUGCUUCCAUUUCAACUAUACCAUGGUGGAUAGCCGUGAUAAGUUACCUCAGCCAGGACAGGUUGAUGCUCUCACACACUGCAAAGAGAAGGACGCCGACGACUGCUGGUUCUACUUUACCUACUCUGUCAAUGCAAACUCUGAGGUUCAUGUACAUGUGGUGAAGGAUCCAGAAUGUCCCAGUGGCCCUGACAUAAUCCCAAUUGUCGCUGGUGUAGUUGCUGGAAUUGUUCUCAUUGGACUGGCGCUGCUGCUAAUAUGGAAGCUUCUGAUGAUCAUCCAUGACAGAAGAGAAUUUGCUAAAUUUGAAAAAGAAAAAAUGAAUGCCAAAUGGGACGCUCAAGAGAAUCCUAUUUACAAGAGUCCUAUAAAUAAUUUCAAGAAUCCAAAUUAUGGACGUAAAGCUGCUCUCUAAAUCUCAGGUGAAAAUCCCAUCUACAAGAGUGCGGUGACAACGGUGGUGAAUCCGAAAUAUGAGGGAAAAUGAACAGUUAUUUUGUGUACAUUUGACUACACUGUAUGCAAAGCGGCGUUUUUGAUUUUCAUACCCCCCCACCCGCUGGGAUCAGAUGGGCAGUACUGCAAUGAUUUCCCUAAAGCAUAACAGUGUUUGAUGUUCAGAUUUUCACUUGUACAGUUUAUGUAAAAAAAAAUAAUCUUUUUUUGCAAAACCGGUUUGCAAGAUAAAAGCAAUCAGUGCCAUUGGACUGUAAAAGCCACUUUGAAUGCGCAACCUUUGCCAUUGAAGGUCACAUUGUGCCUUUGACCUUUUUGUGUAAGCGGAUGUCUAUAGGGAUGGAGGGUAAAUCGCUGAAGGCUUUUCCAAUCAAAGUGUUCGAGGUCUGCUUCACAGGGAACGGUGGGGCUGGAAUUUACAGAUGCGAUGCAUACCUCAGAUGUCGGCGGGCUUGGCAGGUGCAGAAAGGUAGACUGGGUUUGUAAUGUCUUAUGAGUGUAUAUCGGUGAAAGUGAGAAGAAAAUCAAGAUGCUGUAUAUAUUUGAAAAGCGGAUGGCAUGGUCCUGGAGCAUCCUCUGUAAAUUCCAGCUCUGCACAAAUUGCUGCCUAACUUUAUCUAGCCCCCCAAAAAAUCACAGUGCAUUAUUUGUUUAAAGGCCUUAAAUCUUGUUAAAAGCGUGCAUAUGGUUGCUUUUCUCCUUAAAGGGGUUUCCAGGCAUACAAAAAAGGAUGCUUUUUAUUUCCUCGAAAUGGAGCCUCUCCUGUCGAUAGUCUGUGUCCGGUUUUACAGCGCAUCCUAUGCCAAUCAAUAGGUCUGAGCUGAAAUAACGGAGUCUGUGGACAGAUCUGGUGCUGUUUCUGUAAAAGAAAAAUUUAAAGGCAGAACUUUUUCAAAACUGUGGGAAACCCUUUAAAAGGGGUCUUCUGGGAUAAGUGUAUUGAUGGCGUAUCCUUAAUAUCAGAUCGGUGGGUGGCUGUUCACCCCCCCUGUCAAUCAACUGGUUGAAGGGACCACAGCCUCUUCAGUGCUUACCUCAGUCCGUCAUAUAGUAGUGGUGUUGCAGGGUAUUGCCGCUUUGGCCUAUUCAUUUGAAUGGGACCAAACCGGAGUCCCCUGCACCACCACUACUCUGUGUACAGCUUUGCAGGUAGACGGACCUAGAUGAACACUGAGGAGGCUGACAAUCUCACAUAAGUGCGACGGCCCCUUCAAACAGCUGAAUGACUUGGGUGCCGAAAUUCAGAUUCCACCGACUUGAUAUCCAUGGCUCAUCCUAUGCUGGUCCCAGAGAACCUUCUAAUUUUAUUCUGAAUCUGGUGCUUCCUCAUCUUCCUGUUAAUGUCUAUCAUCAGGAGUUCUGAAUCUGUAAUGCUUGGUUGUGGACGUUGUGACCAUUUCAUGAUAUGCAGCCUUUUGUUACAUUGUUUUUGUUUAAUUGUGCCAUACAGAUUCAUUGUAUAUUACCCCUCGGACCAUUUUGCUUUGCCUCCGUUUCAUGUUUGUCACAUUUCUUGUUUUUAAGUGCCUUUUUAUUUUAGCAGUCGUUCACUUUUUACAGUACUGUUAACGGAACUUAUUUAUUAAAUAAAAUGACCUAAAACGGG